AUGGCCGCGCGGGACUCGGGCAAGGCGGCGGGGGGAGGCGGAAAGGGGCGCGGGAAGAGCGCGGGGGAGGGUGAGGGCGGCGAGGGGGAGUGGUGGCGGGAGCCGCUGUGGCAGGGCGCGAUGAUCGUGGGGGGCGCGGCGGUGGUGGUGGGGCUGGGAGUGAAGUACCUGAUGGGGGGGAAGGGGGAGGAAGGCGCGCAGACGCACAAGGGGAAAGGGAAGGCAAAGGUGAGGCGGCACGUGCAGGCGCUGGUGGUGGAUCCGGACAUGACAGUCAAGGUGCACAAAGGCGACACGCUGUGGGGCCUGGCGCACAAGUACCAGGUGCCAGUGGAUGCGCUGCGCAGUGCGAAUCCCGAGGUGCGGGGCGACCAGGUGCUGGCGGGGUCGCGCCUCUACAUCCCCAACGUCAUCAGCGACGAGGAGUUUGACGUGCGCUCCAACGAGGAGUAG